AUGGACGCCGACGCAAGAACAAUUCUCAUCGAUGACGUCCCAGGACGAGCAGUACGCGUCAACGAUGCCGUGCUGGUGCAAGAAAUACUGGCCAUCGACGAGAGGAUGGCCAGGACGACGCGGAAGCUCGAGGCCGACUUCGCCAAUGUGGAGACCAAGAUCCACCGGUUCCCGCGCGGCCUGCGGGGGAUCGACGGCGACGGCGGCCGCUACAUCGCGCCGAGCGUGGUGGCCAUCGGCCCGUAUCACCACGGCGCGCCGCGCCUGCAGGAGAUGGAGGAGGUCAAGCUCGCGGCGGCCCACUACCUCUGCCGGAGCUCCGGGCGCUCGACGGUGGAGGUGUACGAGAGGGUGCGCUCCGUGGCGGGCGCCGCCCGUGGCUGCUACGACGCCGCCGACCCCUCGGUGGAGGGCGUCGGGGAGGCCGACUUCGCCGCCAUGAUGUUCCUCGACGGCUGCUUCCUGCUGCAGUACAUGGUGGACAGCGACGACGCCGCGCCGGUGCUGCGGAACCGGAUGACGCUGUCCACGGGGCCCAGCAUCCAGAAGGACAUCUUCCUGCUCGAGAACCAGAUCCCCUGGCUGGUGCUCGAGGCCCUCACGGAGUUCAUGUCCGUCGACGUGCGCCGGUUCGUCGACGGCAUGGGAGCGAAGUUCCUCCCCGCCGGGAAGGCGAAGCCCGAGAACGGCCUGCGGCGGACGCUAUGGGGAUGCACCGGCCGGGCGACGAAGGCCGCCGAUAAAAGCCGUGGUGGUGGCGGUAGCGCCGAACAGCAGUACAAGCCGCCGCAUCUCCUUGGUUUCCUCCGGUUCACCCAGGUGGGCAGCAUGCCGGAGGACAUGGUGACCUACACGGCCUUCUUCCCGCGGUCGCUGUCCAGCAGCGCGGUGGAGCUCGCGGAGAUCGGCGUCGUGCCCACGCCGAGCACGGAGCCGUGGUUCGGGGACGCGCGCGUCCGGCGGGGCCACCUGGUCGGUGAGCUGCUGCUGUCGCCGGUGUUCCUGAGCGAGGUGACCGCGUGCUGGCUCGUCAACAUAGCGGCGCUGGAGGCGAGCACCGCCGGCGCGAGCAGGAAGUCCGACGGCUUCGUGGUGAGCUCGUACCUGUCGGUGCUGGCGAUGCUCGUGGACCGGAAGGAGGACGUGCACGAGCUCCGGCGGCGCCGCCUGCUGCACGGCGCCCUGAGCAACAAGCAGGCGCUGGGGUUCUUCAAGGGCCUCGGCCAGCACCUCCGCUUCGGCGGCCGCUACUUCGCCGCCCUGGAGGAGAUCGACUCGUACAAGCGCCACCGGUCGCUGAGGAUCGCCGCGCACAAAUUCGUCUACAACAACUACAGGUUCAUCGCGGCCUUCCUGUCCGUCACCGGCGUGCUCAUCGGCAUCUUUAAGACACUUGUCGCACUCAAGUGACAUUGCUAGAUGCUCCGCCUGGCUGUUGCUGUCGCCAUUCAAAAUUCGUCAUGUGUAACAUGUUUUUUAUUCUUAUUUUGUUGUUCCGUUAUGUCCAAUAUUCUUGUUGACAUUAAGGUUGUGUUUGGUUAUUGGACUAUGGCUAGCCUGGCUAGAAUCGUAAGCCUGGGCAGCUCGGGCCUAGGUUGAA